CGCAACAUUCAUAACGUCUUAUCAAUAUCAGUUCCGUGCCUUCUCCCACAACAUGUUAUCUGACAGCAGCACCAGGAUAGCCUAUCCAUGUCAACGACGGUAAUAACCAAGCAGUGCGAACUUUGCAGCCUUCUCGUCUCGGUUGCUUUAAUCAAUAUUGCACCCUUACUACGUGCCUAUGCUGUAUAAACCUGACGCCCACUGCAAAUGAGGCUAUGGGUCCUGUGAGUCGCUUCUGUCCUGUUGACUUUGCACGGUGUUGAUGCCAUGUUGGCGGUCAAACUCGGCCGUUUUUUGGCUUGAGCAGUGCGCAUCAAACGAGCGUCAUUAGCAAUUUGUCGGAUGGUUUGAGAAACCGGGUGGUAUUCGCGCAGCUCGCAAUGGAACAUCCUUGUAUCCUGCUUCUUGAUGAGCUGACGAGCCAUUUGGAUAUGACUUCCAUCGAUGCACUUGCACUUGCAAUCAAGGACUUUGAAGGUGGCGUGGUGAUUGUGUCAAGCAACUUCCUUUUGAUCAGUCAAGUUGCUGAGGAGCUUUGGGAAGUCGCUGAUAAGACAAUUCACAAUCUAGCGAAGGACGAGAUCAGCAUUGUCGACUACAAGAGGAACCUUGUGAAGCACAGUACGGUUUCACCCCCCUCAUCUGAUCGUGUGCUAAUUGUCAUGCAGGUGAGGCCCAAUUGUAAAAGGCCAAGGCUCAUCAGCAAGAGCGCCACUAAAUGGAAGAGAUAG